AUGUCAGGCAAGAUAGGGGACCUUGGUCGAACCGCUUACGUUCUGCAAGCUAGUUAUUAUAUGUGUAUGAAGAUAGAUGUCCAUAAAUAUUGUCCACAUUCAGCCGUUGCUACAAGGGAAGAUACGACGGUGUCUGAACGCGAGGUUGGUGGAGGAGAAACUGAAAAAGUCGACAUAAAUAACGAUCAAAGUGACAUUAUCAUUCCCGUUGAAAUAGGACGGUUUGACACAAAGGAAAUAACAACAAUGAUUGAACGUCUCGUAAAGGCCAACCAAUAUUUUACCGAAUUUCCACGCACAGAUGAGCCAGAAAAACAGACGUUAAUCGAGGAACAAACUAAUUAUCUGGUAAAGAAGAAAGUUCAAGCAGCUGCUCCGCGUUCCUAUGCCGCAGACGAAAAAGAGAAAAUCCGCAGUCAGGUGCUCGAACACAGUGUGAAAUAUAUAGAAAUGCGCAUUGCAGAGUCAGUGAGAUUUGCAAAGCGAAUUCCUGGAUUUUUAGAUUUGCCUUUAGAAGAUCAGGCUAAUCUUAUUCGAGAAUCUCGAACAGAAAGUGGAAUAGUCGGCGGAAUGCGGGGUAUAAAUGCGGAGAAAGGGGUGUUCAGCACACGACAUGGAGCUUUCUUUUCAUUUGAAGAAAUGAAACUUGUGUUUGAUGAAACACUUCUAUACGAAAAAAUGAUGUUGUCGAAGAAAAUAGCCAAGCUUAACUUAUCCUUGGAGGAAGAGGCUAUUCUUCGUGCUAUGACUAUAACUGCGACAGAUCGCUGUAAACUGUUGCGGAGAGACCGAGUCGAAGACAUUCAAAAUAAACUGAUGAGUUGCCUACUGCACGUGAUCUCAGAGAAAGGUUCCGAGCCUGUCUCCCGACGACUUUGCAAACUCUUUGACGUCCUCAUGUGUUGUCGUUACGUCACAGAAGUUGACUUGAAACAAGUAAAGAAAAUUUUCUUGGAAUGGCCUUCGUUCUCUAACUAUAAAUUAGCAGAGGAGUUUUUAUAAUGUGACGUUCAAAAUGCGUGCGCGCGCUAGUGCGCGCGUGCGUGCGUGCAAUAAAAUCCUUCAACAUAUCAAGUUAUGAUCUUGCGGUCACAUCUCGCUAGAAAAUAACGCACACGGGCAGCGUUUAUAUGAUUAUAUAUCAUCAUUUAUAACGUGUUUCUCAGGGAAUUAUUCAAAUAAUAGUUCAGUUUAUCUGAUAAUUUCAUAGUGUAAAAUAUCAAACAUUUUUUCAUACUGGUUCAGAAUUACAAAGCAUUAACAAAUAAAAAGACGUGAAACAAAAACAACAAAAAUGUUUGUUUUUCAUAUAAGAUAAGAAAUAACAUUUCUCACUCGUGAACACCAUGCAGCUUCAUUUUUGUGUGGUUACUAAGUAUGCCAUUCGUGAAAAUGUUGCAUCUUGUGUUCACUCAGUGAAAGAUAUUUCUACAAAAAAAACUAAACAUUAAAGCCUGACUGCUUAUAUAAAUCGCCGGUCCACAGUUUGUGCUGUUUGCCGGUUUCUAGAUCAACACUUAAUUGUGCCAGGUAUAAAGAAA